GGGCGCUUCGUCCUCUCCCAUUGGCCCAGCCCGGUGGAAUCCCCCGCGUGCCUGCGUAGCCACGCCGCGCGAUAUCCUCUCAGCUGCAGACCGUGGCCAUGGCAACUCCCCAAGGCUCGGCGGAGCGGGCGAGGAAGAGCGACCACGAAGACUACAUUUUGGAGCCACUUUCUCUGCCAGAAAGUCCAGGUGGCAUUUCUGCUGUAGAAGGUUCUCCAUCUGUGCCUUGUAUAUUCUGUGAAGAAUAUUCUCCUGUAUCAGAACAAAACCAACUUCUGAAGCACAUGAUUAUAGAGCACAAGCUUGUCAUUGCAGAUGUCAGGCUGGUAGCAGAUUUUCGGAGAUAUGCAUUUUACUGGAAGAAAAGAUUCUCAGAGCAGCCCAUUACAGACUUCUGUUGUGUGAUAAGAACAAAUUCUGAAGCAACUUUAGAGGAACAAGACAAUUACUUCCUUUUAUGUGAUGCUUUGCCUGAAGACAGAACACUGAGGGAGAAACUCCAGCAACAAAGACUGAGAGAGAAUCUGGAGCAACAGCAGCGAGAGAGAAAUGACACCGACUUUCACGGUGCAUGCAUGUUCUGUGAUAAAGAGUUCACUGGUAACAGAUCAGACCUCCUCAAUCACAUGGCAAAUGAUCAUGCAUUCAAUGUUGGGCUGCCAGAUAACAUUGUACACUGUGAGGAGUUUUUGGAACUUCUACAGAAGAAACUAGACAGCUUGCAGUGUUUGUACUGUGAAAAAACCUUUCGAGAUAAGAACACGCUCAAGGAUCACAUGAGAAAGAAGCAGCAUCGCAGAAUCAAUGCCAAAAAUAGAGAAUACGACCGGUUUUAUAUCAUUAAUUAUCUGGAAUUUGGCAAGACCUGGGAAGAGGUUCAGUCCGAAGAUGACAGAGAAUUGUUGGACAACCAGGAAGAAGACUGGUCCGGCUGGGAAGAACAUCCGGUUUGUGCAGUGUGCCUUUUCUGUGAAAAGCAAACCGACACUACAGAAAAGCUCUAUGCUCACAUGGAGGAAGCUCAUGGAUUCGACCUGCUAAACAUUAAGGCUCAGCAUGGUUUGAAUUUCUAUCAGCAAGUGAAAUUGUUGAACUUCAUCAGAAGAGAGGUCCAUCAGUGUCGAUGCUACAGUUGCCAGGAGAAAUUCCAACCGAAGAGGGAGUUGGUAAAUCAUAUGGAAGAGACCAGACAUAUAACACUUCUGCCAGCCAGAUCCAUGUGGGAUCAGCCACAGUAUUAUUUUCCUACCUAUGAAAACGAUACCCUUCUCUGUACGCUCUCGGACAGCGAGGAUGAAUUGUCAGCUGGGAAACAGAAAGAGGACGUGCCUGUCAUCAGCGAGGAUAUUUCUAACAUAGAGGCUCUGAAACGGACGAGUGUGUUAAAUCAACUUCUUUGUGAGGAGAGAAAUAAUGGAGAACCCUGAUAAUUAAGUGAAGCAUCUUUCUGAAUACGCAGUUUCCUCGCAAAGCAAAAGGUGAUUUGGUAACCUUCAGAGGCUGUAAUAGACCCAUUCUGCGUGAGAAGCUCAAAAAAUAAAUUAGAAACUAACCCUAUGUUCUUAGGCUGUGUUUUAGUCACAUACAAGACAAUGCACGUUUACUGAGCUGAUCUGCAAUCAGUUAGGCUUGCUUUUCAGAAACCAUUUAGGAUUGCAGCUAUAGCGCUAGAUACAGAAUUAGUUUAGCUGGUAGAAACAUACUGUCAUGUUUAUUGGUAUAGAUGCUUUUUCAGCGGAACAUCUCCAAUCAAGCAACUUUUAUGCCUGCUGUUUUACUGCUGUAAACAGGAGACAACCUAGCCCCUUAUGUAUAUGGGUCGUGAUGUUUAGAGUCUGAUUAGCAGAACAGGAUUUCAGCUUCCUCCAUUCAGAUCAAAUCUCUUGUUUAAAGCGAAUACAGGAGAUAAUAGAGUGAAAUAUUCAUGUUGAGGCUAAUUUCUACUCUGGAAUGCUCUUAGGGCCAGGUCAUAGGUUAACACAGUGGUAUGUGAACUACUUCCUUUUCGCUUCUUCCCUUUGCUGCUUAUUGGACGCAGCAUCAUUCAGGAAAGGCCAGUGAUGCGGUAACACGAAUCUGAUCUUAGCCAUGUAUAUAUGCAUAGGCUUCUUGUAGCAAUGAGAGGAGAACUUGAUCUGGACCAGUGAGAGGCCAGAGUGGAAGGAAGCUAAAAAAAUCACUGGGAAGAGUUCCAAGUCAAGGGGUUGGGAUUGGGAAAUGGUGGCUGGGUAGAGGUUAGAACUGAAAAGAAAAGGUUGGGAGAAAAUAAGCAAGGAAGGAGGCAAAGGUGGCCAGAGACCAGUAAUUUAAGAAACAUUAAGAACAUGAACUAACCCUCUUGACUAUGUUCUGCCUCCACUGUCGGAGGCAGCGUGCUUCUGAAUAUGAGUUGCUGGAAUUUGCAGGAGGGGAGAGUGGUCUUGCACUCAAGUGCUUCCCUUAGGUAUCUGAUUGGCUGCUGUGAGAACAGGAUGCUGGGCUACCUGACUACUGGCCUGAUCCAGGAGGUUUUUUUAGGUUCUUACGUAGCUUACAUUGAGGGGGACCAAACUGAAGAGGGAGACAAUAUUUGUUACAGAAGUGAGAACUGGAGCAGAGUGAGUUGGCAUUUGUUACAGUUCUGCUUAGGGUAAAUAACACAGUUUGCAAGUUUACUGUUGCCCAAGCAGCUUUAGACGCCAGCCAAGUGGACCUCAUCCAAUUCCCUAAAGGCCUAGAUUUGCCACAACUUAUUUAUCUUAUUGGCAAAGAUACCCACGUUUGGGUAAAACACAUACGCCACCUAGCUUUAGUCUGCAAGGCUCCAAAUUCCCUGCCUUGUUUAUUUUUAAAGACCUUUUCCAUUCCUACUAGGAAGGUCAAUCGCCACCUAGCCAGAUUUGGCAAACAGAGAGUGGUUUGUGCAAAUUCAGCCAGUGAUUUCAUGACUGGAGUGGGAUUAGGACUAGAUAUGUGUAUAACUCACACUUUCACCUGGUGUAGAGGAGCAGCUAAGUCUUGCUCAAUUUACUCUUGGCUUCAACACUUGGCUCAAUAGUUCAGGGUUUGUGUGCAGAAAGUUCUAUCUUUGGUAUCUCUUGUUAAAAGGAUUAGGUAACAGAAACACAGAGAACCACUUCUGUUCAUAGCAGACAGUGCAAAGAAAUUAGCCAGGACCAGAAGCUUCCUAUGGAUUCAAUGAUGUUGCCCCGUCACAUCUUGUGCUCCAGAGAUUAUGAAUUUUAAGAAAACGGGUUAGAGGAUGUUCUUGUAGAGUUAGUGAGAGGCUCAUGGGGUGUUCUGGAUCUGUAAAAUUUUCAUUUAAUUUUAAAAAAAUGGUAAAAAUAAAAAUUGGAUCAGAAUUCUUCCAUGAGUCUAGCAACAUACCCAAAUACUCAGGUAUCCAGCAGGGGAGAUGCUCUUCUGCUGCCUAAGGUGCAAUGGGCGGAGACAUAGAAUAGGGCCUUUUCAGUGGUAGCUCCAGGCUUCUCUGCAAAGUUCCCUUUCUGUUCUUCUUUUUGAGAAGCAUUGCCAAGACAUUGAUGCUUUGAUAUGAUUUUGAAUUGGGCAAAAAUAGAAUGCUUCUGAUUUCCUGUAUUCUUGUGGCAUUCAUAUUAUUGCUUGGCUGUAUAUUUGUUUUUAGUUGGUUGAUGUGUUAUUUUGUUGGUAUUACACUUGUUUUUAAGGUCUUACUGUGUCAAACCAACAGCUAAAAAUACAGGAUGGAUAAGCACACAGAUAAACCUCUGUAACAAACUGUAUCUUAGAAAUAUGCAAGACAAAACCUUAAGCAAAUUAAUUUAUGGCUACCCCCACAUUGCAUGUCCACAACUAAAGAAACAUGCCAGGGUCUUUGUUUUGUUUUUGUUGGGGGUGGUUUAGGAGGGAUUCUCUGGAACACAGAUAACAUGAGACAGAAUUAAGGAAUGCUUCAAAAUGAAUGAAUGGUGAAUGCCUUUUGCAGCAAGAGAUGGUUUUAUAUACUGUACUGCAGGAAAAGAGGAAGCCAACUUCAGAGAAAAGCGAAGACUUCAAAGAAAGGAACAAUACUUUUUUAUAUUAUUUUAAAAAACACCAACUCUUCAGUGCUAUCUAUACUCAGGGGGAUGGGAUCAAAGCUCAGUGGCAGCAGAGCACAUCCUUUGCAUGCAGAAGUUCCAUGCUCAGCCCCUGACAUCUCCAGGGUUCUUUUUUAAUACUUUUAAAACAGCAGAUAGCAGGUUUUGGGAAUAAUCUGAACCUGAAACCCUGGAGAGCUGUUGCCAGUCAAAGUAGACAGCUCUCUGCAAAAUGGACAAGUAGGCUGACCCUAGUAUAAGGUAUAGCUUUCUUAUGUUCCAGUGAAAUUGCAAACAGUGGUCUGUUACUGAGCUGGUGCAUUUGAUGCUUCAAUGUUUUCAUUCUCCGUUAUCUUUUGUUUCAUGGAAUCAUAGAAUUGUAGGGUGGGAGGGGACACCGAGGGCCAUCUAGUCCACCCCCUGCAAUGCAGCAAUCUCAGCUAAAGCAUCCAAGACAGAUGGCCAUCCAACUUCUGCCCCCAAAAAAAACCUCCAAGGAAGGGAAGGUCACCACCUCCCAAGGGAGACAGGCACUGGUUUUUGUUGUUUUUUCUAUGCAUGUUGAGUACAUUAUGGUAACUCAAGGUGCAGACUUCUUUCCUCCUCCAGUCCGUGAAAUUAUUUCUAGAUUGUUAUUCUUCUGUUUUAUCUGCCAGGCAUGAGAUUAGUAUUCUUUACGAUACUGUAACUGGGAAAUGUGUAGUUGAUCCCAUGCCACGUGAAAGAGGAGGACAUUGCCUUUAAUGCACGGCGGAGUCCACAAACAUCAAAUUUUGGGAAAUCUGCAAAAUGAUAUUCUGCUACAGUUCUACCACUGAGUAGUUACAAAAUCCCACCAUAAAGCAGGCAGGGAGAGAGAGGCUUUUUGGUGAGGUAAGCCAAUAAACAGAAGCUUGGUGGAGGUAGAAGCAGGAGCUAGGACUUGCUUCUUUACCACUAACACAAGCACUGCCACCUACCUUUCAGUCCAGCGCUGGAAGGGAAGAUUUGCCUUUAUCACAGGCUGAAUGAGUUCCAGCUACUCAGCCCUCUCUGCCUUUGGUAGGAGCUGCUGUCUAUGAGGUGGUGACCAAGCACAAUAGCAAAAAACUGCCACCUGAAUAAUGCUGUCAUCAUCAUGUACCAUCUGUUCCUGUGCUACACUUUUUUAAAAAAAUUGUGGAAAUAUUUUUGUUAAUAGGUGGCCACCCUAGCAGUAAGUUGCUGUAAGAACGUUUGGGCGCUCUAGAGUGGGAUAUAAGUACUAUAAAUGAAUAAAUGGUUCUUAACAUGGCAGCAGAAAGUAAUGAUAUAAUCAUUCUGUGUGGAUGCUGGAAGUAGUAAACCCAAGGUGACUUUGCCAUUUUGUGUUUGAACCAUAUGCAGCUAGUUUUCAAGAAAGCUGUUUGUACAUGAAAGGACUUAGAUAUUACUUCAAUAUCAAGCUUAAAAAUGAGAAUUGGAAAGCUACAGCAUGUCCGUCCGUCCCCCGUCCCCCCCGUUGCCUUAGGUAUGGUAUCUCAUGUUUGUGCAGGAGCCAGGUUGCCUAGGCAGAGCUGACAAAUCCAUUCCUUGGACGUACUGGAAAAUGGUAUUUUAUUGCUUAUGGAUACUAAUCUAGUAGCAUGCUGGAGGGAGUAAAAACUAGAAUAAUAUAGUGAAAAACUUAGAGAGUUUUGGGGGGAAAAAUGCACCAUGAAGGAAAUGAAUGCAAUAAAAUUCAGUGAACGCAUCACACAAGAGCAGAGAUGUUACUUGUUGCCAUGCUGCAGUCACAUCGUGAUUGCGGAGGGUUUUAAAAUCAAAACUGUCCUUUUGUCCAUUGGCAUUGUCUGCUCAAUUCACCUGAGCCCAUCUUCGCAUGGAAGACCCUAACUCAACAAGGGAUUAUUAUUAUUAUUAUUAUUAUUAUUAUUAUUAUUAUUAUUAUUAUUAUAUACCGCCUUAUACCCAGAGGCCUCAGGGCAAUUCGCAGAAAAGAUCACAAGAUAUAUAAUCAGAAUAAAAACAACAACCCAAUAACAUCCCCACAUUUUAGAAGGGUAUAGGAUGUCAAACAGAUCAAACAGAUCAGCCACAUUUUAGAAGGGUAUAGGAUGUCAAACAGACCAAACAGAUCAGCCACAUUUUAGAAGGGUAUAGGAUGUCAAACAGAUCAAAGGCCUGGUUAAAAAGGAGUGUUUUUGCCUGGCGCCUAAAGGUGUAUAAUGAAUGCCCUGGGGGAGAGCAUUCCACAUGUGGGGAGCCACUGCAGAGUAGGCCCAUUCUCGUAUUGCCACCCUCUGGACCUCUCGAGGAGGAGGCACACGAAGGAGGGCCUCAGAAGAUGAUCUCAGGGUGCAGGUAGGUUCAUAUGAAAAGAGGCAGCCCUUGAGGUAUUGCAGUCCUGAGCCCAUUGGCUACCCUCAACUGGUUUAGGGAGUCAACCAAAGCUGUCCCCAGGGUGUGGCUGCUGUCACAUGCUGACGGCUUCUAGGAGUCACAGGUGAGAGCUGAGUGCAGGGUGGGGAGCAAAGGUAGACAAAUUACCCCAGAAGAAGCAUGAUCAGAAGCCUAUAUAAUCUAUGUCAGGGUGGCUUACCUGUAGCUUUCCAGAUGUUGGACUGCAACUCCCAUCCACCCCAAACAGAAUGGCCAGGGGUCAGUCUGAGAACACCUGGAAGUCCACAAGUUCCUCUUCCCUAAUUGAAAUGAUAUGACUGAUAAAGAAAGUAGGAACGUCAUCACAAGGUGUCAUUGAUGGUUAUAUGGAAAAUGUCAACAAGUUCUCAAACCGUUUUAGUUUAACCAUAUAAAUUAGCAUAGGGACAGUUCUGAGCACACAACUUUUUUUACUGCACUGGGUUUGUUUUGCAAGGAAAAGAAAUUGCAACCAUGCUAACGAGCUCUAAAGAAAAAAGUAAAAGACCCCAGCUUUGGUGGGAUCGUUGACCUUUAAAGCAGGAAAGAUGACACAAAAGCUUAAGGUGAGAAUUCAUAUGUAGAGAUGUGGUUGAUAUAAGCGGGCAGGUGUGAAAACAAGAUAUUAGUCAUCUGUGAUCGCCACAAAUUGGAACAAGUUAUCUUGACAAAUCAACCAUUGCUGAGUAUCCUUGAGCAAAAAGAAACAAGUAUGAGAGCUAGAAAUUCAGAGCAACGAGAUACACAGUAGUACAUGACUAUCCAUUUAGACUACAUGGUUUCAACUGCCUUCAGAGUGACUCUUCAAAUACAAUUACAAUAUUGUAAUUGAAGAUACUCUGCUGAAACAUCAGUACAGAAAUUAGUAAAGGCCACCCAAAGUGUGUCAUACUAAUGAAGGCAUCUUGAGAUUUUGCUCUCCUCUAAUUCUUAGAAGGUGUUCCCAAAAUAAUGGCAGAGGUCUAGUAUUGUGCCGGACAGUUUUCCUCCAUGAAUUAGCAAAUGGGCUGUCCCACUUCAGAACCUGAGCUUAUUUUCCAGUUGAAGUUGGUUUAUUAUUUGCAUCAUAAAAACACAUAUUUAUGCAGCAGGGGAUACCUGCUACCUAAAUAGGCCCAUCUUCUCCCCCCAAGGAGGACACAGCAUUGUUUCAUUGUGUGUUCAUUUGUCAUUCUUUUUAUAACAUUUCCCUUUUGAAUAGUGGUACCUGAAACUGAGCACAGCGGUUCGUGGUCUUGCUACUGCUGAGUAGGGAAGGAUGCUGUUACUCCUUGGGGGAGGACCCAAAAAUGUCACAAAGAAGGGACAGGGCAAGAAGAGUGGAAUAGGAUGUUUGCAGGCUUUUUCAAUGGUAUUUCAAAUACCAUUAAGUGAUUGCACUUAAACACGUGGUGCCUUGGAAUGUAAACCCCGCAUAAAUUGGGAGUUGCCUGUAGUUUGAUGUGUUCAUGACGAGCUCACUUGAGUGCAAGAGAGAGAGAGCUGUGAGUGGGGGGGGUUGCUAUCAGAAUUAUGCAAAGCAAGGAGCGUUACACAAUUUGGUCAACUUGAACACUUCAUUGUGAACAUUUGUGAUUUCUUGGUGCAGCUUGCGACACACACACACACACACACACACACACACCAGGAAAGCAUUGGUUAAUCCUUAAUCUUGUCAUGAAAAUGCCUCUGGUUCCAUCAUUGUGGCUGUGCAGAGACCUGCUGACUUACGUCUGCCUGUGCAGAUAUGUGUACCAUUGUGGCCUGAGGCUCAUGACAAAUUGAUGGCAACUUCCACAAACCCAGUGAGUAAUUACUGAGCAGUUAUAAAGAAAUUGUAGCGCAACUGCCUGUCACCAAGUCAUUAUUUCCUGGUGAAUGAACUUCAGGCAACCUUUGGGGGAUGUGACGACCCUGGUCCCACUCUACCUUACUAUCACUGCGACACAGGAAUCCAGAGGGGAAAACACCCACCCUCUUCUCCUGCCGCCUCAAAAAUAAACCCCUUUUCCUAAUGGGUUUCUAAGUAAGGAGAGCCUUCCAGCUUGCGUGGCCUGGUACCUUAAGAAACUCUAGGCUGUCCCCCAGGAAUAACCUCUUGCCUCCAGUAAAGGGUCUCCCUCAGUUGGAUUUCCCCACUGUAGAAGUUUGCCCUAUGCACUCUGGCAACUUCUUGGCACCUCAGGUUACCCUUCUAAGCCUCCUCCGUGUAACUACAGGACACAAACCACUACCUCCCUGCCUGAGGUGAGUUUUGCCCUCUCUUGAGUCACCACGGCUGUGAGUCCUGGUACCUCGCUGGAAAAAUACAGACGGACCUCUUGUUGGCAAAAAAAACAGAGAUGAAUUUUUAUUGUGUUAAAAACAUAAGUGAUUCUUUAACGUGUCAUUUAUUAAUUAGCUUUGUUCCAGUUGUACAAAAUAAACUCAGUCAAACAUUUAACUUUAAGUUGUCCUAGCCUCUUAACUGUCUUCAUACAAGCCACCACAUAACACCACACCACACCUUCCUCCCUCUCCCUCCUAACUCACCAAACCGACUCUCCCUCCUUUUUUAAAACCGGGCACAGUCCCGCCCCCAUCAGAGUUCUAUGCCAGUCAGGCUGGAGGUGGGUUAACUCUUUGCCAGCCGGGCAGAAAUAAACAUUUUAAAAGUGCUUCAAUUUGUCACAGAUGUUCACAUUUGUUCCUCUUUAAAAAUGGUUGUUGGCACCUGUGACAAGUAACAGAAAAUCACCUAGUUUGAAAACAGGCUUAGUGCCACAGGUUUCCUACAUUUAAUACACGUAACAGAAGCCACCCCCUCGAAGAAGCCAUACAGAGGGAGGUGAUGCUUUGGCUAAGUCAAAUGCUGCAGACGUGAAAGAAGAAAUUAAAAGGGGUGCCUUGACAGGCACUGCUAUUUUGCUUCCAAGAGUGGCAAACUAAAAGAGUACCAAAUUUAAGUGCAACUGUUCAAGGGGCAAGCUAUAAAUGGUUGUGAACCAAGAGAUGAUAUUUAAUGCAUUGCCUACUUUUUGACAGGCAUUCUUCCCGAAGCUGAAAUCCUAUACACACUUACCUGGAGCUGAGUAAACAUGUAUAGGAUUGCACUGUUGCUAAGUAAAGGUGAUCAUCAAAGGGCUGAGGGAGAGAAUAGAUUAUGAAAGAGCUGGUACCAGAGGACUAUUUUAUAUUUGUGCUUAAGAGUAAAUAUGAACAUUAGAGACCAUUUACAUAAAUAGAGAGUUUCUGAGCUUGUUUCCAUGGAAAUCAAUGGGACUUUUUGCCAUUUUCCUCAGGUAAAAAUCCCAGGUGAAGAGGAAUAAAUAUGGCUAUAACAUAAAAAAAAAUUGCUGUUGAAAUAGGAAUUAGAACAUUCCUAUUUCAACAAGAGCUAAAUUGUUCCAGCUAUUCAUCACCUCCCCCUUUCUGGUUUGGAUGCAAACAGCAAUGCCUGGGUAAUAGACAUAUAUGAGCAUCUCUUUUGCUGCAGCAAAAACAUCUUAACACCUGAAUUAAAUGUAAAUUUGUUUUUUAUAUAUAUAUUAAAGCAAAAACAGGCCAUAUUGUUUAAAAUAAUUAUUUCAAAUCUGCCUAGUUCACAGAAGCUAAUGAGUAUUUAAUUGUAGGCAUUUUGACGCUUUUUGGUUGCAUUUAUAUAUAGCCUUUCUGCCAAUGCACUCAUUUAUAUUCAUCGCUUACAAUGAAUAGACAUGAUGCAAAAGGGAAAGGGUCAAGGAAGGAAGCAGGAGGGAAAAUAAGGCAAUCCCGGCACUAAUGCCACUGUAGGAAAUGGUUCUGGAAAACUAUAUGCCCAACUGGCAAUUGGUCCUUUCUGUGGGGUGAGGCCUGGCUGUCUUACCGCUGCCUCCUGGGAGAGGAAAACAAAAUGGUGGUUGGUCCUGGUUGAGUUGAAGUGGUGCACUUUGGGCCAGUGUGUUAGCUCCGUGCUUUGCAGGGCCCAUGGGCACCUCAUCCUUCAAAGCCCCUUCCCUCAUUGAAUCUACCUCCUCACUGCCGCGAGUCCAGAAUAUUCUUCUCAGUAGGUCCCAUGCUAGGGUGUGGACUCUUGGCAGGUGGCCCAGCCAUGCCGACACUUGAGGGCCUCACUCAGCAGAAUGAGCAGGAGCUUAUCCCAUGCAGACUUACCACCUGUUGAAGCAAGUGAAGCAGCACACCAUUACCAUAGGAAAGGGGAGGGUCUCAUUUUAAGUAGAUGAAGUAAUACACAUUUGGCUAAUCCAGGCGUGGCUAAACUUUGCCCUCCAGCUGUUUCGGGACUACAACUCCCAUCAUCCCUAGCUAACAGGACCAGUGGUCAGGGAUGAUGGGAAUUGUUCCCAAAACAGCUGGAGGGCCAAGUUUGGCCAUGCCGAUCCAUAUGGCAUGGUAGUUGUCAGGGGAGCCAACUCAAAAUAUUGGGGGAGGGAGAGAGGGAAACUCCUCUCUGUGUAAUGGAUCUCAUAAAGCGGUGCACACGCACCAUUUGAAUGGUAAUGUCCAUCAAUGGGGGGCCCCUCAAAUCUUUUAUUGGUGGGGCUGAAGGGACCCCGACCCCUAGGAGUUGGCUCCUAUGGUAGUUGUGGCUUAAUAGGGCCUUGCAAAGAGCACACAGCCACUUAGCUCCUCCCCAGUCUUUUUUAUUGCACGCCACACUAAGGUAAAUGAAGGUUUGGCCUAGUGUGUUGUCAGAGCCCAUGCUCAUGGUUAAGCGUCCCACCCGCUAACUAUGAGCUGUAGCCAAGGUCUACUCUUGGCUGCUGAAAACAGGAGACUGAUGACAGAGGCAAAACCAGUAUGGGGAGCAUGGCUUCAUUGAUUGUUUUGGAAAAGCCGCACUCCUGUUUAUGGGGAAAGAAUUGGCACCCUGUAUAUGCAGCUGUACUGUGUACAUGUGUGUGUGCACAAAGAUACCCUUUAAGGGCAUACUUCACUCUUCCACAUGAGAGUGCCAUGGGGCACACUGCUGUGCGCAGGUCACGGUGUCCUGUCACUUUCCUCACUGCCUGAAUCCAAUUGUAAAUAACAAAGACCACCUACCUAUUCAUCCAGAUGACUCUCUUAACAUCUUGCCCAGACACAGUUGGCAUCAAAUUAGACUCAACUACUAAGCUAACAGUGACUGUACACAUGGCAGAGCUGGUGUGUUAUUAAUCUCACAGGUGCAUCUGCAGCCAGAUGGCCCAAGAACAGAAGUUCGUUCAAUGGAGGAAAUAAGUUAACUGAAUAUAUAAGUUCCCUCCUCCAUUCUCCUUUGUUGAUGGUUCACCUAAGAAUGCUCAAUGCAAAAGGAUAUUUAUUAAAAAGUGUCUGGAGGAGUGAACAUGUUCCUCCAACCCAAUCGUUUUCUGAGUAAGCUAAACUUCAGAAAACUCAAGACAAUAGGCUUAUUAAUUGAGAAGAUGACACCAGUGAUUAAAGCCCGCCUUUCCCCGCUCUCCUACAGUGGGGAAAAAGGAACUGAAUAAUGAAGGGACAAUUAAAGAGUCUGUUUUCCCAGCUUGGCCGAUGCCAUAUUGAACAAGAAGUAAUUCUAGGGCAGAAGCCAAAAGAAGGAAGCUUCUAAUUAAAAGACACAGCUACCCAAUAGUGCUUUGUAUGUCCAAACUGAACAGACUGGUGCUGUAAUUGCAUUUUUAAUGGGGGAGAAAUCUCCAUA